AACUGUUAUCUCAGAGAGAUUAACGAAAAGAAGGAGAGAGAGAGAGCAUCCCGUGUGGAUAAUGGCUUGCAAGGACAUGUCCGAGUACACGUGCAGUUUAUCGAAGGAAAGUCUGGAAUACGCCAAGCUGAAGCUCCGCGAAGACCCGGUCACCCGGAUGUUAGAAGUGAAAGCCUUCCGAGAGCGUCUUCUUCAGUACGGACACGGUCUAAGGCCCAACACAGACACGAGGUUUCUACUACGUUUCCUACGCGCGCGCAAGUUCGACCAGGAGCAGGCGUUCGACAUGAUUCUCAAGUACUACCGCAUGAAGAAGCAGGAUGCACGCAUGUACACGGGCUUGAAGCCGCUCAACGUCCUGCACGUGUACCCGACCUCCGUCGCCUUCCCCCUCCCCUUUCGAGAUAGGCUGGGGCGACAAGUCUACAUCACAUAUUCUGGAAGGGUGGAUUCAACUCGAUAUUCAAUGGAGGAUCUACUCAAGGCUGAGUUCCUCAACAUAUCCAAAAUGAUUCAGGACGAGGAAACGCAAGUUCGGGGAGUGACAUCCAUUCUAGACUGCCAGGGCUUCACGAUGGCUCACAUGAAAGACUACGCCCUUGACUUCAACUAUGGGAAAAAAUUUACAUACAUAUGGCAAGAGGCGUUUCCGGUCAGGCUGAAACUACUGCUGCUGGUAAAUGAACCAUCUUUCAUGGACCUUGUGCUGACUGUCUUCACUCCUCUCAUGAAGAACAAAGUAUUGAAGCGCAUGCACAGAAUCGGCACUAACUGGAGGAAGCUUCACGAGUUCAUUGAUCCCGUUCAUCUCCCGCGUGAGUACGGAGGCACGAGACCAGAACCCUUCACAGACAAGGACUGGAUACAGACCAUGCUGACUUGUAAUGAGGAAAUGGAGGAAGAGAGCAAGUAUGGGUUUGUGGACUACACCAUGGGUCGAGAUGUCAGAAAGCAGCAGGAUGCCAUUAACACAAUGGCUGGAACCUUCAGGAAACUCAAUGUCGACUAACUCCAUAAACGAUCAACAUCGACAGUGGACUAACUUGAUAUGUGAUCAGGAUGAACAGUGGACGACCCAGGCAUUAUACUAACUCGGCAUGUAAUCAACAUUAACAGCUUACUAAUUCGGAUUGUACUCAGCAUGAACAGCGGACUCGUUCAUUUAUUCGUUCAUCCCUUGACUGGUAGCAGCUGACGAUCGGCCAUGUUGGUCCGGUGGUCUUAAGGCCACGAACUAAUAUCUAUAUACGUCCGUGCUAUGGGUGAGCAGAUAGACGUGGAGACUAUCGUCGUUGAGGCCUGUCUUGGGCGGUUGUAAGCUGAUUUUUGAACCAGUAUUAAAGACCAGCCUGAAUGGGUUGUUUUGUUGUUG